CAGUGACAUUACUCUUUACUAGAGUUCCCUUCAUUUGACUCAGUAAGACCUCAAACAUGGCUCAGCAGGAAUACAAAAUGCUUGGUGACAAAAUGUUCACCUACAAAGGAACUGUUAUAAGUUUGUCUGAAAAUCAUGAUCUUACUCCAGAAUAUAUCAACAGUUUACAGGAUUUUGAAACAAAGGAUGAUGAUGUCUUUGUUGUUACCUUCCCCAAAUCUGGUACGGUGUGGACCCAGCGGAUCAUGACCUUAAUUUAUGCUGUAGAUUUCCCGGACAAAGCCAUCCAAAUCACCCACGACCAGAUGCCGUGGCUAGAGUAUCAAGCAAUGAAGAAUAAUUACAACACACGUCCAUCUCCAAGACUCUUCUGCUCCCAUUUACUCCAGCCGCUGAUGCCCAAAAUGCUGCAAAGAAAAGGAAAGGUCAUCUAUGUCAUGAGAAACCCUAAAGACAUCAUGGUGUCAUAUUUCCAUUUUUCCAACAACAUGAAAAACCUGGAUUCUUCUGAGAGCUUCAAUGAGCUGCUGGAAAAAUUCUUUACAGGAUGGAUGAUUGGUGGCUGUUGGUUUGACCACGUUAAAGGAUGGAUAACAAAUAAAGACAAAUACAACAUCCUGAUCCUUACUUAUGAAGAAAUUAUCAAGGACCUCAGAUCCGUCGUUGUGAAAAUCUGUGAGUUUGUGGGAAAGAAUCUGUCAGACGCAGCGAUUGAUAAAGUGGUGGAGGCAGCAACAUUCAAGCACAUGAAGAAAGACCCAAUAGCCAACUAUGAAUUCUUUCCUCAGUUCCUCACAGAUCACCCAAAAGGACUUUUUUUGCGCAAAGGAACAGUUGGGGACUGGAAGAACUCUUUAACCGUGGCUCAGAGUGAAUGUUUUGACCACGUCUACCAAGAAAGAAUGAAGGACGUUCCUCUUAACAUGGUCUGGGACAUCUCAGAAUUGCAUGGCUGAAAACACAAGCGGUGACAUCCAUUUUACAAACUAAUAAAGAUAAAACACUUUCCUCAUCAUACAAUGAAGGCAUAAUAAGUGAAUAUUAGUGAUUUUUUUUAUUUAUUUUUUUGACAUGUGGACAUGUGGUGAAAAAAUAACCCUUCCAGUUACAAUAACUGUUUGCUUUCUGUGAAUAAUUCAUUCAUUCACCUUAUUCCCAAAGUAAAAAAUAUUUUCUGAAAUGAACUGA